AUGGCCGACGGAGGAGGCUGGAGCACAAUUGAGUCCGACGAGGGCGUCUUCACCUCGCUGGUCGAAAACCUCGGCGUCAAAGGCGUCCAGUUCGAAGAGCUCAUCUCCCUAGAUGCAGACACCAUUCGCUCACUUAGCCCCGUCUACGGCGUCAUCUUCCUCUUCAAAUGGAUGCGCGACCAAGCCCCAACCCAAACCACAACGACCCCCCUCGACGGAACCUACGACACCACGCCCCCCGAAAACCUCUUCUUCGCCGCGCAAACAAUCCAAAACGCCUGCGGCACGCAAGCCAUCCUCUCCGUGAUCCUCAACCAAGACAGCCCCAAACAACCCCAGCCAAUCGAGCUCGGUCCCACCCUCCACUCCUUCAAAGACUUCACGACCGGCUUCCCGCCCGACCUCCGCGGCGAGGCCCUCUCCAACAGCGAAGAGAUCCGCACAGCGCACAACGCCUUCGCGAAGGCGAGCCCCUUCGUCGAUGAGACGACGCGCGACGCGAACGACGAAGAGGGAGACGCCUACCACUUCAUCGCCUACACGGCUGUGAACGGCACAUUGUACGAGCUGGACGGCCUGCAGCCUUAUCCCAUCUCGCACGGGAGCUGCGCGGGCGAAGCCGCGGGCGGGGACGACUUCGCGGAGAAAGUCAUCGGUGUUCUCCAGCGACGUAUCGCGCGGUACCCCGAGGGCGAAACGCGGUUCAACCUCAUGGCUGUCGUGCGGGACUUGAGACUGCGGGCGAGCGAGAUCGGCGACGCGGAGCUGAUGGAGAGGGAGGAGCGGAAGAGGCGCGCGUGGGCGUGGGAGAAUACGCUGCGGCGGUCGAACUUUGUGGGGUUCAUCGGGGAGGUGCUGAAGGGGGUUGCGGGGAUGAAGGAGGGGAGGGGGGAGUUUGAGGAGUGGGUUGAGAGGGCUAAGGGGGAGACGCAGAGGAGGUUGAAUAGGAGGUAG